CUCCGUCGCAGAUGCAUUUCAUGGACACCUCCUCGUCACACAUUCACGUGUAAACUACAGGAAGAUCGCCUUCUCGAGAGGAAUCGAAAUGUGUCAAACUUCACUUUAUAAACCAUUAUGUGAAGUGAACUUGUAUCGACAUCUCUGAACCAAAGGAAUGUGUUCUGGGGGGAUACACCGCCCAUGCGCUUAUGUGGACGGAAUGGCGCCUUUAAACCUGUUGAGACCCUGCCCUCUCGCAUAACGCCGUAGCGGAUGGAUCUAGUGUUUCAGAUAAUCCUAUGACGUCGUCCGGGUAAUCCUGUUCAUCCUCCACCAUGGUGAAACGUAGACGUAACGUUGACUUGUGGUUAUUGCUGGCUGUGAUUCUCUGGGGAAUGAUGGCGUGGCUGCUCCUCAGCUGGACCCACAGCGGCGGGCGAGGAUCCUUGCCGAGGAUGCGGAGGCGUCACGUGGCGGACUAUGUGCUGAAUGAGGAAUAUAGGGUCGUGAAAGGAAGGGAGGACGACGCAAAGCAUCAUGGGAACGAGGUGAAAACGAGGCGUCUCCCAGGAGCCGUGAUAACUCAUAAGAUGAAUAUAAAUAAAAAAGCUGUUUAUGAGAAGAAAGUCAAAGAGGACGUUCACAACGCCACUAUUGUGUUAAGAGGUGAUUGGCCACCUGAUCCGCUUCCUUUUGAACCCGACUUUGACGUUGUGCGACGUUUUUUUAACAUAACAAAUGCGGGGGCUGGAGGCAAAGGGUUCAGCUUAGACAAAAACAAAUUGCCCCCUGAGGAGCUCAAGAAAUUACAGAACGCCUACCGGAAGAACUCCAUGAACGAAUACGUCAGCAACAUCAUCGGCGUGAGACGGAAACUGAGAGAUCCAAGGCUGGAGGGCUGUGCCGAGCGUUACUCCUCCGCCCGUCUCCCCCAGACCAGCAUCAUCAUCUGUUUCGUCAACGAGGCGUGGUCAACGUUGCUAAGGCUUGUUCACAGUAUCCAUGACAACACCCCGCCGCACCUGGUGAAGGAGGUGAUCCUCGUCGACGAUGGCUCGUCAUGGGAUUUUCUGGGCAGGCCGCUGGACGUGUACAUGGCUCGGUUCCCCAAGGUGCAGAUAGUCCGAGCCACAAAGGGGCUGGGGCUGAUGGUGGCGAGGACGCUGGGCUACAACUACACCACGGCGCCCGUCAUCACAUUCCUGGACUCACACUGUGAAUGUUUCCCAGGGUGGCUGGAGCCCCUUCUUACCCCUCUAGCCACGGACCCCAAGGUGGUGACCACGCCCUGUAUUGACGUCAUCGACAAGAACGACUAUAGCAUCUCGGUUGGUCCAGAGGUGAUGGUCGGGGUGGUGGAAUUCCCGACGCUGCAGUUCGGUUGGCGUUCACAGCCGCCCAGGGAGAAGAAACGGAGGAAAAGUAACCUGGAGCACGUCAGAUCCCCAACAAUGGCGGGAGGCCUCUUCUCCAUCACCCGGGAGUACUUCGAUUUCCUGGGAGGAUUUGACCCUGGGAUGAAGAUCUGGGGUGGGGAGAAUAUCGAGAUGUCGUUUAAGAUCUGGAUGUGCGGCGGGCGGAUUGAGACGCCCAUCUGUUCACGUGUCGGUCACGUGUUUCACAGUCACUACAGUUACAUGCAAAUCCGCCCUGGGACGUACGCCGCCGGUGCCGCCAACAACGCACGCCUGGCGGAGGUGUGGAUGGACGACUACAAGAAGUACUACCAGGGCUAUGGAGGCGGGAGGAACAGCCAAUACUACAAACCAGGGGAUGUCUAUGAACGCCGCAAGUUGAGAGAAAGACUCAAAUGUGAGCCCUUCUCCUGGUACAUUGAAAACGUUAUGCCGGAAGUAGCCCUUCCCGGGGACGGCCUUUACUCAGGGGAGUUACGUAACGAGGCCGUCCCCAAGAUGUGUCUUGACAUGAUGACAUAUAAAGAGUGGGGACAACCAAGCAUGUACGGAUGUCAUGGACAGGGGAACGCCCAGUUGUUCGACAUGACAGAUCUUGGAGAAAUAGUGGCUAGUAAUCGAUGUUUAACCCAUGCGCGUGGCGGGGUGUAUAUCAAUAAAUGCAACUGGUCGAGCAAGGAACAUAUAUGGGAAUACAAGGACAAGUUAAUACGGCGACACAAUAAUUGUUUGACUGUGAACGCGACGCGGCAUGUCGUGAUGGAGGAAUGCUCCGGAAAGAAGUCCCAGCAGUGGACGUGGAACUAUCACAGACCGCGGAGGAAGACUGUGCUGAGGAUUGAAGAAAUGUGAAAAAGAAAGUGUGUUGAUAUUCCACCGCGUUUAUUGCGGAGUUAUACAUCUUUACCGGAAUAUACCAGAUGGGUGAAUAGAGAGAGCAUGUUAAGAAAUGCUAAAUAUAACGGGGAAAUUGAACAGAUGAGUUAUCUCCCCUUUGUGUGAAACAAUGGCCAGGUAGCGGAACUUGACCUUUACACAGGCUCUCAUCACUGACAAUUUUCCGGACGGGAUGUUGCCUUUGUUAUUUAUCGAAGGCCUAUGCUGCGCCACCCGUAAACACAUUUGUCACUAUUAUUGAUAGUUUAAGGGCAUAUCGUUUCUUUGAGAGUUUUGUCUUGGAAAUAAUAAGGAAAUCAAGGAAUUGUUGGGGGUCGCAUCGGUAAUUGUGACAAAGUUUUUGGUUAGGUCACUUGCUUGAUAUUCUGCGAAUUUCGCCUACACUAUUUUGACUUUGCUUAUCAUAUCGUGGAAACGCCCAAAUAUAUCAAAUCCGCAACAGAUUGACUCCGAGUUCUGAUAUAUCGUGCUAAAACAAACUGUGUGAUCUUUAAUCAAUUUUCAGGCCACUUAAGACCUGCAAAAAUCAUUUGAUUCAUCGGCAAAGUCUUCUCGUAAUUCAAAGUGUAAUUCAGAUGGUAUCGUGCAUUGAUUGUAUGUCAACUAAGUCAGGCUGGCAGCAUGUAAUGUGACACGAGAGUCAGCACGUUUUGUCAUGGUUUAUCUUUUCGCAAACACAUCUGACAUGGGACACCCUGAAAUGCCACGUCCCUUAUGGAACUUCGUAAAGCGCUAGGACGUCAGCGCCUCUUACGUAACAAUAGACGUCUGUUUGUGACGCCGUGCAAGACGUCGUGACAGAUAAUGUCAUAUUAAAAGGGCGCUUAGCGGCGAACGUUUCGGAAAUAAAAGUCAUGACUGCAAACAUCUUGUUGGAAAUGGUCUUGGCGACGCUUGAAAAAAUGUCUUGAUGGCGAACAUAAUGUAUAUAGAGGUCUUGACAACGAACGUCACGUUUAACGAGUCCAUGACGUCGAACGUCAGUUUGAAAAAGGUUGCGACACAGAGCGUUACGACGAAAUAGUUUUGACGUGUUAUCUUUAGGUAACUCUGCUACGCUGGAUAGUGGUCUUCGGGGAUGUGUGAUCAUUGAUCAAAACUGAGGAAAUCGGGGUUCAUAACCCGCCACAGACUAUAUCGCCACAAUGCCGUCAUGUUGGAGACACUGUGAGUGAGUGAGUGAGCUAGGUUGGACGCCGCUUUGAACAGUAUUCCAGUUAUAUCACCCCUGUCAGCUAAAUACGUGCGGAAAGCUCGAAGUGAUGCAGGUCUCAGGUGUUUACCACUUUGGUGAAACCCAUGAGCACGGAUUACAAACCAAGAAACAGAAUCAAGGCGAACAGGGAUUCGAACCCACAAUCAUAGGUUUCUGUCUUGUCCAAGGGGCGCAACUCUGCACAGGGAAUUGCGGUGCCUUAGACGAUUGUGACAACCGUUCUCCCAGAAGAAAUUGAUUUCUGUGGGCACGUUUCGCUGGACUAUAAAAAUUAGUACCCUUGAUUCCUCAGAUGGGAAGUCUUCCCCCGUGUGUCCAACACAAUGGCCAGGUAUGGGUCACUUGACCAAUCAGUAUACAGAUAUAUCUGUAACGGAUUGACUUGUCUCCGGGAGUAGUUGUUUCUAGAAUUAUGUCAUUAUCGCCCUGUUGUUGACUCGUCAUAAUAAAGGAACUGGGAAAUUC